GCUUUGCCCUUUUCGUCCGCUCGGGAAGCGGUUGGUGGAGGUCGGGAGCCGCGACAGGCCAGUCCUAGCGUUUGCAGUCAAAGCUGAAUGACCGCCUCGUAUCAGAAAUGACCAAAACGAAGAAGAAGGAAUCCUCAUCCCCAACAGAUAACUCUACAACUAAACCAGAAAACCUUAAGAAUCGGCACAGAAAGAAGAAGAAGAAAAAGAUAUUUUGGAAAAGGAUCAACCAAGUAGAGGAGAAAGCAAACAAAGAAUCCAAAAAAAUAAUAGAUUUGCCUCCAAAAACUUCGCAGGAGGUCUCAUCAAACUGGAAAGCCUUACAAAAGCUUCUGCAACAAAAGGCCGAUGAAUUGAAUUCUGCUGUUACGGCUCCUGACACGUAUUCCAAGAAAAAACACUCAAUCAAGGACGGAAAAACUGUCCCUCACGUAUCGGGACCAAAUGGAAUUGGGAAGAAGCUGACAUCAAAGGGUCAGGUUCAAAGUUUGUGUCCCGCAAGUGUCACGAGAUAUAAAAAGUCCACUCAAGUGAAGAAUCCACAACAGGUACAAGAAGGUGGCAAAGAGAAGAGAACCCUCCAGAUGGACAACGGAGAGAAGAAGCAAGGAGAUAUUAAACAUAAAAGGAGGAAACGGGAAGAGCCGGUGGAAACAGCACCAGUGGACAUCUGGUUUGACGAUGUGGAUCCUGACGAUAUCGAGGCAGCCUUGGGUCCAGAAGCCGGGAAAGUAGCCCGAGAGAACCUGGGCAUCAAAAACGAGAGAACUCUGCGGGCGCCUGAACCUGAAUUGGUGAAAGAACAUGGUUUCGAAGGGCUAACCAAAGCAGUGGCCAUAGACUGUGAGAUGGUGGGCGUAGGGCCCACCGGCGAAGACAGCAUCCUGGCCCGUGUCUCGGUUGUGAAUGUAUUCGGCAAAUGUCUGUAUGACAAGUAUGUCAAGCCUUCAGAAAACGUGACAGACUACAGAACCGCAGUUAGUGGGAUUCGGCCUGAGCACUUAAAAUCAGGGGAGGAUUUCAAAACCGUCCAGAAAGAAGUAGCUGAUAUCCUAAGGGGUAGGAUCUUAGUUGGACAUGCUCUACACAACGACUUAAAGAUUCUACUUCUUGACCACCCCAAAAAGAAAAUCCGAGACACACAAAGAUACAAACCUUUCAAACAUCAGGUCAAGAGCGUGAGACCCUCCCUCAAACUUCUGUGCGAGAAACUGCUCAACGUGAAGGUGCAAACAUCGGAACACAGUUCGGUCCAAGACGCUCAGGCGGCCAUGCGACUUUACACUUUGGUGAAAAAACAGUGGGAAGCCUCCCUGAAAGAAAUCCCCAAGGCCAAGAAAAAUUAAAUCCAGACCGUUCUCACGUCCGGCGGCGUUUGCGGCCAGUCUGCAGCGCUAGCUGAUCGGAAAGUUUUGCCCGAUCAGUUCUGCAGCUGUUCCUUUGGUCCCUAAAUUUGGGUGUCAGAGAAAAAAUAAUUGGGGGAAAAAAUAAUUUACUUCAUCAGAAGAUGAAGCUUUUCUAUUCAGUCAGUCGCAGAUUUGGGGUAUUGCUGAAUUGACCUUCUUCUGACUUUAAGUCUCUGGCUGGGGAUCGGCUAUUGGGCAUUUAAAGAGGAUCAAAACUGGAAAAAAAAAUCUUUUAAACAUCUCUGGGCCAGAUACCGCGAUCCCUAAAUCUAGUCCAAAAACGUUUGCAAAAUGGCCAACUUGGAUUCCCCUUUUGGACCAACGUCGCUGUGCCAAUUGGAUUUCUCAUCUGCCACUUGAAUUAUAUUUAUAUAUCCUUUUAAAACACUUGAGUUUUUAACUGCCCAAACUAUGCUUUGGAUAAUAGCAUUUAAGUGAAAUAGCAGCCAUCUUUUCUCCUUACCUGUCCUGCAUUAUGCAGAUUAUUUGGGAAUUUUGUUGAGGUCCCAAAAUUAGCAGUAAUACAGCAGAGGAAAGCAGAGCCUCCCUCUCUGCUGUUUUCUGCUUAAAUCUGUAUGUACACGCCCUUCUCCAGCUACCCGGUUUAAAACAGAUUUAAAGCUUUAAAACAGAUUCAUCCUUUUUUCCCUUUUUUGCUGUAUUCCAUGGAUAGGAUUUUCAACCCCCUGUUGAAAAAAACCGCAUGUUUGCAUCUCGUUUUCCUAUUUAUUUGUACAACUUUUUAAAGUUUUUAACAAAACGUAAGUUGGUUCCCAUUUCGCAAAUAAAUUCCGAAGUUCCAUAAAAGAAAGCAAGUUUUCCCUCCUGUUCAUCUUGAAAUAAUGGAUCGAGGAGGGAUCCAAAGAAAACUCAUCUAUCAGGAAUUGUGCGUUUUGAGAAGCCCUGUGGAGUGUAAAAAUUGAGGAGAAGUUAACACUUUAUUUUUUAAAAGGCACAGUUUUUAAAAUACUCAGGCUUGCUUUUUUUUUUUAGCAAAUAAAAACAUUUUUAUUUAAUUAAAUAAAUUUAAAAUAAAAAUAUUCACCUUUCUUCUGCAGUUUUGAGAGUGCCUUCUCGGAUAGGGCAACAAUUUCCUGGGGAUAAAUGCAUACAACAUUUGGGGCAUCAGAAAGUGCAACUUCUGGUGUCUAUGAUCCAAAACACACUUGUAAAUUUGCUUCACAACUGUUAAGUAAAUAAACACUUUCCAAUUUCA